UGGCACGUGAUUUUUCGUUUAUGUAAAUUUUAAUUAAAAUUAAAGCUAAAAAACAAAUAAUAGUUUUGAUUUAUAAUGCAGCUUAAUUAGUAAUAAUACAUAUUAUUAGUAUUAUUUUUGCAAGUUUAUAUAAACACUAUGACUUUUCAGAGUUUACAGUUAUCAUCAUACUUGUGUAAACAACUUGAAGCUAUUGGCGUAAAAUCACCUACAGAAAUCCAAAAAAACUGUAUACCAAAAAUAUUAGACGGGAUUGAUUGUAUAGGAUGUGCCAAAACUGGAAGCGGUAAAACAUUAGCCUUUGCAUUGCCUAUUUUACAAAAAUUAUGGGAAGAACCUUAUGGUAUUUUCGCACUUAUACUUACACCUACAAGAGAAUUAGCAUAUCAAAUUGCAGAUCAAUUUGCUGUAAUCGGUAAAUCAAAAAAUCUUAGACACUGUGUAGUUACUGGCGGAAUGGAAAUGAUAGUUCAAGCACGUGAAUUGGCAAAUAAACCACAUAUUGUAGUUUCGACGCCUGGAAGACUUGCAGAUCAUCUGGAGAGUUGCGAUACAUUUUCGUUGAAGCGUAUUAAAUUUUUAGUAUUAGAUGAAGCCGAUAGAUUGUUAGGUGGUCGAUUCGAUCAACAAAUUUCAACCAUUUUUAAUGCUCUUCCUAAAAACAGACAGACUCUUUUAUUCAGUGCAACUAUGACGGACACUCUUGAAAAAGUGAAAAAAAUCACAAACAAAAAUACCUUUGUAUUUGAAUCGACAGCUGAAGUAAAAACAGUCGAUGAACUUGAACAGUUUUAUGUGCUUUGUCCGUAUAAUGUCAAAGAUGGGUAUUUAGUUGAAAUUGUUAGACAUUUUCGUGAAAAAGAUGAAAAAGGUCUAAUUAUGAUUUUUACUGAUACUUGCAAAAAUUGUCAGUUAUUACAUAUGACAUUAAAUGAAGUUGGCUUUGAAACUGUAGCACUUCACGCCAUGAUAAGUCAACGACAAAGAUUAGCUGGGUUGGCAAAAUUUAAAUCCCAUGUCUCAAAAAUUCUGAUUGCCACCGAUGUAGCAAGUCGUGGUCUAGAUAUACCAGCCGUGGCUUUAGUCAUUAAUCACGUAAUUCCGAAUAAUGCUACAGACUACGUUCAUAGAGUCGGAAGAACUGCAAGAGCGGGACGACAAGGAAGAGCAGUGUCUAUUGUUACUCAACACGAUGUGAAAGUAGUUCAAUCAAUUGAACAAAAAAUUAAUUACAAGCUAAAAGAAUAUGAUGUGUCAGGACUUCAUGUUGCUAAGAUUUUGACACAAGUCCACGUUACCAAAAGAGAAGCACAAAUUAAGCUAGAUGAAACCGAUUUUGAUGAACGUCGAUUAAUCAAUAAAAGAAAAAAAUUAAUAACCGACGGAAAAGAUCCAGACAAGGUGGAAGAAGAAAUCAAACGACAAAGAAAAGAAAAAAGACGAAAACGUUUUGAAAGAAAAAUAAAAAAUAAUGAAGGAAUUGUUACUAUAACAAAUGAAACUGAACAUGUAGAUGAUGAAUUAAAAAAUGAUUAAAAAGAUAUUGCCUUACCGUACACAUAA